UUUCGAAGUAAUCUCUCAUUCCUUCUAAAACUCAACAACUUAAUCGGUAUUCCCUUGAAAGCUGUUCUAUAAUUCUUUAUUUGUGUCUUUAGUAAAAAAAAAUUUUCAAACCAAAGUGGUGCAAAAUGUUGCCAGUGAGGCCAUCUUCGACGUGGCAGACCGGGAGAUUUGCAGGGCAUGAGGAAGGGACAUCUCAGGGCAGAUUCAAGAACCAAAGUGGGAAAUGCAGGACCUGGAGGCCUGUCUACCAGCAAGCCUUCCCUGGGAGCAUUCGAGAGGUACAGGUGCUUGCAUUUUGGAGGAAACUAAAAAUCCAGCAAAAUUACAAGAAAUUGCAAUGGAAGGUAAAGAAGGCACCAACAUCACAGGAAUCCCAGUUCACUGAUCAUUACCCAGACCAUCUGAAACACCUCUAUUUAGCUGAAGAAGAAAGACUCAGGAAACAGCGGAGAAAGGUUGGUCUGCCUCCCCCAGAAGAACAAGUUGACCAGCCUAUGUCUGAAGAAGAGUGUAACACUGAACAGACUUCGUCUGAAGAUCACCAGUCUCAGCCACAACAGCUGUGUACGCUAAAUUCUGUCACUAUUCCAAAGAAAAAGAAAACUUCAAAUCAAAAGGCACAAGAAAAGUAUGAGCAGAUACAAGCAAAGCAUGCUGCUAAGAAAUUUGAAUUUGAAAUGAGAAAGCGAGAGCUAGAAGAGGCUCAGAGGCUCUACAAAAGAAGUUGGAAACUUUCAAAGUCCUGA